AUGUGCACCAUCCGGUGUCUUGUGGCUUUUGCUGUCAAGAAAGGGUGGUCUCUCUUUCAAUUAGAUGUCAACAACGCAUUUCUUCAUGGUGAUUUAGAUGAGGAGGUGUACAUGAAACUACCUCCAGGUCUUAAUGUUACUUCCAAUGUUCAGCCCUCUUCUAUUUUUGUUUGCAAGCUUCAAAAAUCCCUUCAUGGCUUAAGACAAGCAUCUCGUCAGUGGUAUGCCAAGUUAUCCACUGCACUUUGCUCUAGAGGUUAUGUUUCUUCUUUAAAUGAUUAUUCUCUCUUCAUCAAGAAAUCUGCCAAUUCUACUGUUUUCCUUGCUGUUUAUGUGGAUGAUAUUAUUCUUACAGGUGAUGAUCAUGCUGAAAUUUCUGCCCUUAAGGAGUUCCUUAACGACCAAUUUAAAAUCAAAGAUUUGGGUCUACUCAAUUACUUUCUUGGGAUUGAAGUUUUCUAUGAUAAUUCUGGGGUUAUUCUUCAUCAUCGGAAGUUUAUUGCUGAUUUGCUUCGUGAAUUUGGUUGUGCUUAUGCUUCUACUGUGGUUUUUCCUCUAGAGUUGGGUGUCAAGCUAACAUCUGAUGAUGGGGAGUUAUUGCCUAGGCCUGACUCUUAUAGGAGUUUAGUUGGUAAACUUAACUUUCUCACCCAUACUAGACCUGAUUUGUGUUUUGCUGUACAACACUUAAGUCAGUUUCUCAAGUGUCCUAGGGUGCCUCAUAUGAAUGCUGCUCUUCACAUUUUGAGAUAUUUGAAAGGCACUCCUGAUUUUGGGGUUUCUCUUAAUACCUCUUCUGAUUUUUCUUUGCUUGCCUAUUGUGAUAGUGAUUGGGCUGCUUGUUCUGAGUCUCGUAGGUCUGUUUCUGGUUUUUGCAUAACUCUAGGUGGAAGCUUCAUAAGUUGGAAAUCUAAGAAACAGUCUGUUGUUUCAUUAUCCUCUGCUAAGGCUGAGUAUCGGGCCAUGAGUAAGGUUGUGGCUGAACUGGUUUGGUUGGUUUGUUUGCUCACUGAUUUGGGAAUUCCUUCUGUGUCUCCUGUUCCUAUCUAUUGUGAUAAUCUGGCUGCUUUGCACAUUGCGAAAUAUCCCGUGUUUCACGAACGUACUAAACACAUCGAAGUGGACUGCCAUUUCAUAAGGACAAAGUUAGCUGAUGGCCUAAUUUCUUUACAUCAUAUCUGCACUACUUCUCAACUGGCUGACAUUUUUACCAAGUGUUUGACAGGUGGACAGCAUCAUUUGUUGCUUGGCAAGUUGGGAGGCCUCAUCCUCCAACUUGAGGGGGGUGUUGGAGUUACAUAA